GGUUUGUCUUCACUGGAUAUAAACGUAGAAACAGUUCAGUCUGUCUCUGCUGCCGACUCACUCUCCUCCUGAACGUUACUUACUUUGUUAAAGAACGAUUUCAAUUCAUCUCGGAGUUGAAGAUGUGUGGGCCGGGUUUAGGUUUAGCGGUCCUGUUUUCAGUCGUGCUGUCCGGGGUGAGUGCCGGAGUGUUUUUCAACCAGAAGCAGCCGUGCUAUGUCCGCUCAGCGAGAAGAGACGACUUUGGACAGAUGACCGCUCCUCGUCCUCAUGAGUAUUUAAACAUUUCUGAAGUGCCCAAAUCAUGGGACUGGAGGAACAUCAAUGGCACCAACUAUGUGAGCACAACCCGCAACCAGCACAUCCCCCAGUACUGCGGCUCCUGCUGGGCCCUUGGCAGCACCAGUGCCAUGGCAGAUCGCAUCAACAUUAAGAGGAAAGGAGCGUGGCCGUCUGCCUAUCUCUCUGUCCAGAAUGUGAUCGACUGCGGUGAUGCCGGCAGUUGCCAUGGAGGAGAUCACAGCGGAGUUUGGGAGUACGCCAACAAACACGGGAUCCCAGAUGAGACCUGCAACAACUACCAGGCUAAAGACCAGAAAUGCAAACCUUUCAAUGAAUGUGGCACCUGCACCACCUUUGGAGUGUGCAAUAUUGUGAAGAACUACACCCUGUGGAAAGUAAGAGAUUUUGGAAGUGUCAGCGGGAGGAAGAAGAUGAUGGCAGAGAUCUACGCAAGAGGACCAAUCAGCUGUGGGAUUAUGGCCACAGAAAAACUGGAUGCCUACACUGGAGGUGUCUACUCUGAAUAUCAGGAGGAUCCUUCCAUCAAUCACAUUGUGUCAGUGGCGGGAUGGGGAGUGGAAGAUGACGUUGAAUACUGGAUUGUACGCAAUUCCUGGGGAGAGCCGUGGGGUGAGAAGGGUUGGCUCAGGAUCGUGACCAGUGCCUACAAGGGAGGAAGUGGAAGCUCAUACAACCUGGCGUUGGAGGAGGACUGCAUGUACGGAGACCCAGUCGUCCCCAAGGCCUACCUGUAGAGGAAAGCAGCCCCCGUGUCAGAGGUUGUUACUGCACACUCGUUGUCUUCCUGUCAGAGAAACUUUUUUUAUAUUUGUAAAAUGCUGAUAAGGGAAUAAGUUCAGAUUUUUGUCAGAUAUAUAUUUUUACACAAAAUAAAGGGUCAAAUCAGACCUGAUUGAAUCAAUGCAACUAGAUUUGUUUCCCCAAGAGGACAUUGACAGCUUUUUAGAAAUUACGUUUUCAAUGUUAACGACUAUUUAUAAUUUGUUCUCGACUGCUGUGAGUCUUCAGUGUGGCAUUAUUUUAUUUAUAAAAUUGCACCUCACCCUGUUAAAAGAAACGGUCAACUUUAAAGUUGACCUUAAAUGCACUGGCAGCCGAACUGUCAUUUCCUUUUUUGUGUUCACAUUCAUCACACGUCGGGAAUUUUAGAACAAUUGCAAUCUUGUUUUGUUUUUGUCAAUAUAAACACUUAAAAGUGA